UUUAACAACCCAGCUCUUAACCUAAGUUCUGACCAUGGCCUGCUGCUCCACUAGCUUCUGUGGAUUUCCCACCUGCUCCACCAGUGGGAACUGUGGCUCCAGCUGCUGCCAGCCUAGCUGCUGUCAGACCAGCUGCUGCCAGCCAACCAGCUGCCAGACCAGCUGCUGCCAGCCGAGCUGCUGCCAGCCAACCAGCUGCCAGACCAGCUGCUGCCAGCCAACUUGCUGUCAGACCAGCUGCUGCCAGCCCAGCUGUGGGACUGGCUGUGGCAUUGGUGGUGGCCAGGAGGGUGGCAGUGGAGCUAUGAGCUGCCGAGUCAGGUGGUGCCGCCCUGACUGCCGCGUGGAGGACACCUGCCUGCCCCCCUGCUGCGUGGUGAGCUGCACACCCCCAACCUGCUGCCAGCUGCACCAUGCCCAGGCCUCCUGCUGCCGCCCAUCCUACUGUGGACAGUCCUGCUGCCGCCCAGCCUGCUGCUCCUACUGCUGCCAGCCCACCUGCUGCCAGCCCACCUGUUGUGGGCCCACCUGCUAAAAGCAAGGCUGCUGAUUAAUCAAGAAUGAAAUGGGAAGCUAAAUCAGCUGCUCUGAUCUCUGAAGAAGUGUUCAAUUUUAUUCCCAUCAUGAUGUUUCUAAGCCAAUCAGAAAUAAUGAAUCUUAAUCAGGCCCCUCUUGGAUGUGCUGAAUUAGCACAGGGAAUACAUGUAUCAAUCAGAGUAUCUAGAUAUCCUGCCUUGUUAGAGAAGGCAUCAGGGUAGGGUAUUUCUUUAUUUCAGUGACAUCUCCCGUCUCCUCCCUAUCUUUUGAUCCCUGCAUAUUUUUAGAUUUGCUUUCUCCUUGAAUAUACCAUUAAUUUCAAAUAAAAUGUUUAAAUGUGUAAA